AUGGUUGAUUGUCCUCACCUCUCCCGAUCCGUUUGCAUUGCACAGUUGGAUCUGGAACAGUUGAAACGGUUUGGUUACGGUGGUUUUGAAACACAUAAGCGGAAGAGAUCGAACGACUCGAAUUCGAAUGUGCACAAGUAUUUACAUUACUUCAGAGAGGACGGUAAAUGGAAUUGUGUAGAAUGUGGUACAUCGCAAUGUCCUUGGCUGUGUUUAUCAUGUGGUCUUAUACAUUGUGGUCGAUACGUGAACCAAGAUGGUCUCAAACAUUAUCGAACUUAUCCGAACCAUUCCGUUUCUAUGGACUGUCAUAAUUACAGUGUUUUUUGUUACCAAUGCGACGAUUUUGUUGGGGGUGAUACAGAUGACCAUAAAAUAGCAUCGGUUCGAUCAUCGAUUGAAUUUUAUAACUGCUCACGGUUAAUUUCAAGCACUAAAUAUGAUCAUGAUCAAAUGCAAAAGGAACUAUUUGAUGAGUUUAAAUUGGCAUUUGAUGAACGCAUGCUGAUGAAUGAAUUGUUCAGGAGUGAGGAUCACAGUUAUUCAUCAACCAAAUAUGAGUCAGUUCCUGAACCUGAAGAAAUAAUCGAAAUCUCAGCCACAGACUCCCCACCAAUAUUUUGUGAAGAAGGUGUAGCAGAAAGCCGAACAAUUACCACAAUGCAACGUACGAAACAAACCUUUUUCCUUACCGAUGAAGUUGAUACUCUUGAGGUGCAAGUUGCCACCGAGCAAGACGAUGACUAUGAAGCAGAAGAAGCAUCAUUUUCUGGAGCUGAUAGGAGGCAUGCAAUCGAAUUCCAUCUGGUAUCGAGUGGAGAUGAAUGUGCAGAAAUGGAUGAAGUAAAUACAUCUCAUGCGCACAACAGUAAUGCGCAUAAGAGCAAUGUUGCACUUUCAACUCCGAUCAGUUCGCAGCUGUUGCACAGUGCAAUAAUGACUACAACACCGAACUCUUCAAAUGAAAAUUUGAUUAUCCCAACUACAAGAUCGUUGAGAAAUCGUAAACGAAAGGAUGAAUCAGGACAAGAGUCGCCAACUCCACCAGUUUUAAGUCAGUCGGGUACGAAGUUGAUCGGCGUUGAAGAGAAAAAAUUACGUGGAUUAAAGAAUCUCGGUAACAGUUGUUUCAUGAACGCUGUGCUGCAAGCGUUGAAUUCUGUGCAGAUGUUCCGCUAUUUUAUCUGUUCGCUUCCACCUCUGGUCGUUGAUGAUAUCGGUGGCGAUGGCACUGAAACUCGCACACCGCGAUACAACACACGCAGUUCGAUGCCAAACAUUGCUUCAGAAAAACGUCCUACCAAUGCUUUCAUAUCUGAACAACUGAGAAGAACGUUGUCUGAAAUUGAUAAUGGCACAAAUGCAUCAGGAGGUGCGGUUAACGCAUACGGACCCGAUGCUUUGCUUUCUGAAUUUUGUAAAAUAGCACCGCGAUUUAGGGGUUUUCAACAACACGAUGCGCAUGAAUUUCUGCGAUGUCUUCUGGAUAGAAUGCAUACUGAACUAAAAAGUUGUCGUAUACCUGAUUGGUUGUUGUCAGAGAUUUGUGAUGGUGGAGUGAGAGUUGGUUCUAGUUCGCACUUCCUAACCACUAAACGCAAAAAUAGAUUGUCAAACUGUGAAAAAGCAUGCGCGAUCUCAGCAAUGUUCGAAGGUACUUUGCAAAGUCAAGUCACGUGUCUGUCAUGCAGUGCUUGUAGUAACAAACAUGACCCUUUUCUUGACCUUUCACUGGAUAUAUAUGUGCCAUCCAGUGGUUGUCGUGCUGGUACGGUUAGACUUUUGGACUGUAUGAAACGGUUUUUUGCGAAAGAAGAAUUGGAUAGUCGUGAGCAGUAUACUUGCAACAACUGCGAUGAAAAGAGACCAUCUACCAAGCAACUUUUUGUUAAAACACUUCCUAAUAUUUUGUGUUUGCAUUUGAAACGAUUUCGAUGGUCGAAUUCUUCACAUAGAGGAAAGUUGGAUAAUAUGGUCGAUUUCCCUUUAACAUCUCUAGAUAUGAAAAGCUUUAUGAUUCAUGAGGAUGGUGACACGUCAUUAACAAAUUGUGGUAGUGAAUUAGGUUCGAUGACUUCUGAUAGACGUUCUAACAGAGUGAGCUCUGGUCAUUACACUUGUUACGGUCGUCAUGGUAGCCACUGGUAUCAUUUCAACGAUAGCUCUGUAAAGUCAUGCUCUGAGCAAUCAGUUGCUAAGCAGAAGGCCUAUAUAUUAUUUUAUAUGCGUAGAAAUCGCUUUUAA